AAGAAACCUGCUCCAAACUUCCAUUUGUAACAGCAACUCUGUCACGCCGUCUUCCUGCUUCUGGAAACGAAACACUGAAGCCUCUGAGAACAUGACGACGCUGCUCCGCAGAGUAGCCGGGCCCAGUGGUCCGUCGUGGCGGUGUCUGGAUGCAAUUCUGCGGGGAACGCACAUCCGAACCUCCCAUCUGAUUCAGCGGGAGGGAGCGCGGAUGCUGGCCGGUGUCAGGCUCCCUUUAGCGGGAUACAGUCGCGCUCACCGCCGCUGGCAGCACACGGAGGCGGCGGGUCGUGCAGAGGUGGAUUUGAGGCGUCUAGAGGAGGGAGACGAUGGAAUCGUGGAGGUGGUGAUGUGUCAACACAAGGCAAGAAAUGCUCUGGGCCAUGUGUUUGUGUCACAGAUGAGGGAGCUGGUCUCCACUCUGUCCGAUGACACCUCGGUGCGUGUGGUCGUCUUCAGGAGUUUAGUCCCCAGGGUUUUCUGUGCAGGCGCCGACCUGAAAGAGAGGGCUUUGAUGAACAACUCUGAGUCGGACCUGUUCGUUCACGGCCUUCGUUCACUCAUGACUCAGAUCGCAUCGUUGCCAAUGCCAACCAUCGCAGCCGUGGAUGGCGUUGCCCUGGGAGGGGGACUGGAGCUCGCCCUGGCCUGUGACCUCCGCACUGCUGCGUAUUCGGCACAGAUGGGUCUGAUUGAGACGACACGGGGGCUGCUCCCAGGGGCGGGGGGCAGUCAGCGGCUGCCCAGGACUGUCGGCAUCGCUCUGGCCAAAGAGCUCAUCUUCACAGGUAAGCGUGUGGGGGGGCAGGCAGCGCUGGAGAUGGGGCUUGUAAACAGAGCAGUGGAGCAGAACCAGACAGGAGAUGCUGCCUACAGAGAGGCACUCAGCCUGGCCAGAGAGAUACUGCCCCAGGCUCCUGUCGCCGUGCGAAUGGCUAAAGAAGCGCUGAACAAAGGCGUCGAGGUUGACAUCACUUCAGGGAUGGCUAUAGAAAGGAUGUGCUAUGCUCAGGUCAUCCCCACGCGGGACCGACAGGAAGGGAUGGCAGCCUUCAUAGAGAAGAGACCUCCACGCUACACUGGGGAAUAGACUCGUCUCAGCUGUCAUGUUUCUCCCUCACAAGACGGACACUGCUCUCUAGGACCUCACUGUGUAAACAAGUAGUAGCAACUCAUGUGAACACAGUCAAAAUAAUGUCUUAUUCAGAAUAGUGGGAAUAUUGCUGUCCAGGCCAACAUAGUCUGUGUCAACACAUUAGUUUUAGUUGGCUUUAGUAGUGACCUUAAAGAUUAGACUGACAAAUAACAACAGCAUAAUAUGACCGCCAAGAUUUUUACCGUUACCUCUGUAUACUUUGAUUUAUAGGCGACUUUAGAGGAACAUCAUCUCUGGAAGAGACUGCAUUAAAAAGGCAACACAAGUGCUACUCCAGUUUA